AUGCAUACGAAACGACAAGUAAACCAUCGCAAACGACAACAUUCGGAUCAACACUCCCCCGCGGCAUCACCUAAACGGGCUCAAAAGAAGCAGAAAGUCGACCAUCCCAGUGGCUCUCAACUCCCGGCACCAUUUUGGGAUAAUUUGUCGAAAGUUUGGUUAACACGAAACGCACUACGGGAACUUGACCGAAGGAACCAACAGGCCACAAGCGUUCUCUCUCAAGUUCGACCCCUCAGACCUAUUUCCAUUCGAAGAUUUGCUCGCCAGGGUGGUCCAGACUUAUCAGAACUGCGUGGUUGUCCUGACCCUAACAUGAGUUCUCGCCUUCCAAAUUACCGGGUUCAAAAACGAACCGUCAGCACUUCCAGAGGUUCAAGCGCCUCGCGAGGAUCGAGUACAUCGCAGAGCAACAAGCCAUCGACUACCAAAAGUAGCGGUCCGUAUGAUCGUGACUUUCAGCAACACCUUAUCGACCAUGGGAUAUUUCCUCACCGCUAUAAAUUCCCCAACGGACACGUGCCAUCAAAGCCUGAUAACUGGGAUGAUAUGCUUCAGAGGCUUGCGGAGCCUCGAUCGUCACUUUCGCCGUCCAGAUUUGCAGAGGAAGACUAUGAAGAGUUUCUCCAAGCGGAUGCCGACGCUUCUAAAGAGAGACAGGUUACGGAAAAUGUGAUCCCUUUCAUUGAAGGUAAAAAUACAGAUAGUAAGUGUAUUGGUGGUGGGAUCCCUUUUAGGAACCUUGAUCAUCUCACCGAUGGAACGUUGGUACCGGGAAACCCCGAUCGAUAUUACGGGGCACGCCCUGAGCAACUCAAUCGCCAGAUACGAAAUGAACUAGAUGGUCAAAUAGUUCCAUCCACGCAGCAUGAUCUUCCAAUUGCGCCAAAUUUCUUCCUGGCAGCGAAAGGUCCUGAUGGGUCCGCAUCGGUAGCCAGACGACAAGCAAGUUAUGACGGCGCAUUAGGAGCAAGGGGAAUACAGUCACUUCAGGCAUAUAAACAGAGUGAACCUAAGUUCAAUAACAAUGCUUAUACCCUUACGUCGAUCUAUCACAAUGGUCAACUCCAAAUGUUCACCAGCCACCCCUCAAAAUCAACCACGUCAGACCAGUCGGAGUACCAUAUGACCCAAAUCAAAGGAUGGUCUAUGACAAGUGAUUCUGAUGCCUUCCGGGAAGGAGCAACUUGGUAUCGCAAUGGUAGAGACUGGGCAAAAGAGCAGCGAGAUGAUGCAAUCAAGAAAGCAAACCAACAAGCUACCCGUGACCUGAUUGACUCGGCCGCUGUCAAUGCGAGCUUUAGCACUGUUUGUGAGAUAUCGGACAAUGAAUCAGUAGUAUCUAUCACGAAGGAAUCAUACUUCUCAUUCGAUAACACAAAUGCAACUGACACACCUGAAGAGUCAUUGCGAUCAACACGCUCCGACUCAACCAAACGAUCUCGGGGGAAACAUAAUGACUUAUAG